UGGAACAUGCCGUUUCCGGUCGGAGGAGCGCGCGAGCGCGUUGUGUAUAUGAGACUGAAUAUGGCGUCGCGUUCCAAAGCAGCUGCUAGGCAGAAGCGAAAGGCUUCUCCUGAGGGAGCGGGAGAAGACGUUAAAAAGAAGAAAGUGAAUGAGGAGGAAAACCAGGUGGAAGAGGAGGGCCAGAGGAUUGUCAUUGAGCACUGUAAAAGCUGACGCGUGUACGGGCGUCAUGCGGAGGGGGUGAGGGCUGCCCUCACGGAAGCCUUCUCCGACUUGAAGGUGCAGCUUAACCCCCAGAAGCCCAGACGCAACAGCUUUGAGGUCACUCUCUUUGUCAAGGGUGAAGAAGUGUGUCUUUGGUCGGGAUUGAAGAAAGGUCCCCCUCGCAAACUCAAAUUCCCUGAUCCUGCAGUGGUGGUAUCUGCUCUGGAGGAGGCACUGAAGAGUCAGUAAAGCAUAGUGAACAGACGCCAGUCAUCUCCUGAGGUGCCUUGUCAUUGGCUGCAUUAUGAUGAGGACUAACGAAUGGGACGUUGCCCAGUUAUUCCUUUGAGGAUCUUGCUGCUCAUGUAUUGGACCUUGAUGGUGGAGUCAUUAGUUCCAUAUGUUAUAUGUAAUUAACAUGUCAUAGUGAUGUGCUUUCAUUUUUUUUUUUGGAAUAAAUGCCAAAAAUGUGUGCUUUUGUCAAUGGAAAAUAAAGGAAUUCUGUUUAUAAAA